CAGCUUCCAUGAUGGAGUCCGAGUGUCUGGAAUUGCUCCAGAGGGUUGCCCACUACAGAGGAGGAAGAAUGAAUAGAAUUAAGAUUGACCCAUCAGUUUGGUUUAGAUUACCAGUGAAUAAAGAUGAUGCGCAAGGUUACUUCAAUUUGAUUCAGCACCCAAUGGAUUUUUCAACCAUCCAAGGGAAAAUAAAGAGUGGUCAGUAUAAAGACAUUGAGGACUUUCAUACAGACAUGCUCCUCGUCAGAGAUAAUUGUGUGAAGUACAACAGAGAUCCAGCAAGUCAGAUUCGGGUUGACUGUGACACUGUCUUUGGCUUCUACACUGUGGAGUAUGAUAAACUGAGGAGCAGGAAACCAGCAAAGAUAAAAGCUACCGGAACUGGCUGGGAUAUCGGAAUGUAUAGGUGUGCACAGAAAGAGGCAAAACUUGACAUGGCCCAUGCCAGUGCCAUGAAAGUGGUGCAAAGCCAGUUUGAGAAGCUGGAUGAUGACAUCAGGGAAAAGGAAUAGUGUAUUCGUGAUUUGACUGCUGAGAUCGAAUGGAAGGAAAGACUGAGAGCUGAAUUUGUACCCCCGGUUAAACUAGACCAAUAUGUUCAGGUAGAGAUGAAAUCGAAACUACGGUGUGUGACGAACCUGACCCGUGUUCUGCCAAACGACUCUGCGAGAUGCUACCUGAGCAAAACAACCAUGACUAAACGAGUUGACGAAACAUACAAGGCAUUGGAACCAAUUCAUGGAGCUGAUUCCAAAAGUGUGCAGGAUAGACUGUGGCUGACGUUGGUUAAAAAAGCAGGGAAGGGAGCCAUUCAAAAGUACUAUUCAAAUUUAUCGAGACCCAAGGAAGUCAGAGUAACAAAGCAUAAGGAAUGGGUAACGGAAGCAAAUGUGUUCCGGUGUGUCAAAUACAUGUAUCGUAAUGGUUCAAUAUCCAGUCGAAAAUACACUUCAUUGCGGCAGGCAGAUCUCAGUUUCGAAUGUAGUGGUGAUGAGCUGAUGACAUAUCAGGAACUUUGUUCAUAUGUUGAAAAGUAUUUGUAAAGAGCUUCAGGUUCAUGAAGUUGCAGGUGUUUCCUUCGAAGACACCCUCCUGAAGAUAGCAUCAGUCUAUUUAGAGAUAGAUGAGAAGUUACAGGUCAAUAGGCAAUCUUUGAAUUGGCUGAAGAAGGAAAGAGUCUAUUUUUCGAUAUCUGUUGGGGCAGAUGGUGCUCCUGCCUCGAAGUUGAAAACGCACAAGUCUGUUCUAUUGUCUUUUCUGAAUUUGCCUGAGAAGGUUAAUAGCUGCAUGUACCAGUUUUUGUUGUUCGGGGCUGAUAUUCCUGAGGACCAUGCUUCUAUUCUCAACUAUGUUGCCGAAAUAGCUUCAAACAUGGAGUCCAUUGAGAAGAAAGAGUUCAUGAUUGGAUCCACUGUGGUCAGGUUUACUAUUGAACUUGUUCCGGGUGACUGCAAGUGGAUAGCCACUGCUUGUGGCGAGCUCAGCAAUGCAGCUACCUAUCCAUCCAGUUAUGGCAAUGUGCGAAAAGAUGACCUGUCAAAGCUUGACGGAAGUUUAGGUGGCAGUGAAUCCACCUGGAAACCUUGGUCAUAUCUUGAUCGACUAGCCGUGGUAAAAAAAGUGGCCUUGAAAAAACAGGAGGCCAGCAGGGGUGAUGUAGUGACUAGAUACAUUGCAUCCUUGCAUUCUAGGCAAGAACAUGUACCUACACUUGGCAUUUACUCGGAGCACUGUUAUAUCGAUUCUCUUCAUCUUAAAAAUAACAUCUGUGCUCAGCUUCACCAGGCUAUUUUGACUGAAGCCCUAAUACUAACUGAUGAUAAGGUCAUCAGGGGUGGCAUUGAUUUUAAGAAUAAUGCUUUCAUAGAAUCUCCCUUUGGCAGAUACCUGGUUUGUCUUCGGGAUGAAGUUCACGCUGGUCGUAUUUUCAUACAGGUCAGAAGGUGGUUUACAGAGAAUUGUGCCGCUCUGUCAAAAGGUUCCUGUGGCACAAGGCUUCUUGGUGUAAGGUUUACAGGAGAAGACUCCUUCAAAUUUUGCCAGGGUUACCCCUGCUUGAUCAAGGCUGUGGGACAAAAUGGGACUCCUGAUAGACAAUGCAGACUCCUGGUAUUUCACUUUGCCUACACGGUUGUGCGCGAAGCUAUUGGUCUUGCUUCAAAGAUCAAAUUCAGUCAGUUUGAACUGCAACGAUUGCAGACUGUUUGUCGACAGUACCAUGCAUGUCACGUUCUUUUGAUGACUGGAGCAAACUUGACAACUUGGCAUCUUGGAUAUGUUGUUCGAUUUCAUGCGGAGGUUCUUUAUUACCGCUUAGGAGUUGGUCUAGGUACCAAUAAUAUGCAAGGACGGGAGGCCAAGAACAAACAAUUGAAGGAGUAUGCGAGAUUCAGUACCCCCCAGAACAAGUGGGGUAUGAUAUUCCGGCAUGAAUAUUUUGAUCUGUAUUGGCUCAAAGAGCAUGAUAUGGAUGUUGUUGUGAAAGAUUUGGUGAAGAGUAGGUCCAGAGAUAGAUAUCACAUCAAUCCAAAUGUGAAAGCUGACAUGUGUAAGUGUGGUUUAGCCACUGAGGGUGCAUGUCUAUUCUGCAAUCAUCCCACAAUGAAGCUGAUUGAAGAAACCUGUGAGAAAAGACGAAUCUCACCAGAAAUGAGGAAGGCACAGCGUGAUGUUGUCUGGUAGAAAGGCCUUUGCAUUCCUGUUAACCGUUAACACAAAAAGUGCUAUAUCUCCUUAAUGCAUGGAUCAGUGCCAAAUUUUUAUCAUAGGUACAUCUAAUAAAGCCACAUAACAUAGCAUACAGGUUUUUGAUUUGACCUAUUUUUCAAGGUCGCAGAAGUCAAAUCGUGUAAAUUGGCCGAUAUUGGCACAUUUUGCAAAUAAUGAAGCUUUUGACUUAAAACUUGGUACAAUUGUACCUCCUAAAGAUUCAUGCACUUGAUUGGGAACAACAUUUACAUAGUGUUGGCUGUCGUCAUGUCACGAUGCAUUGUAACUCUGACGGUUUUACAUUAGUGUAACUACAUGUAAUGGCAAAAAGCUGUGAGCAGUUAAAGGUGGAUUGGAAUAUCCUGUAAUGGCCAAAUUUCUAUGGAAUGUGCAUUGAUAGCCCUGCAUCAGGUUUUAAUGGCACUGCCUUGGUCAAUAGCCACUGGUGUAUAAUACAGGAAAAUGAUAUUUGUUGUAUUGUUGUACAAGGAUUCAUAUUUGCCAGAUUUACAUAGAUUAUCAAAAGGAAAUGAGUUCAGUUGUAAAUUGGUUGAUUGAAAAACGUGUCCCAAAUGUCAAGUUUUGAAUGCUCAAUUUUAUUGUCCACAACUUCUUAAUGUGUUGAGGGUUAAAAAAACAAGAUCCCAGACAUUAAAAAAAUUCUA